CUGUGUUCAUAUAUAGUCUAAUUACAUAUGGUGAUAUUUUUAACUUAGUUCUGAUUUUCUUUUCUUUUUCCUCGUUCACUGGCUUCUUGUGACGUUCGAGACGGACGCAAUUACUCAUAGACCCCGUCCAUCUCCAUGACAUGACAGAGACCACUCCUGCUCAAACAUGAGGCAAUGACUCAAUAAUUACAGGUUUACAAAUGAUAAUGUCUCACUGUCACUGUCCUCCUUCUGAUACUACAGUCGAUGACGUACAGCCGUCUCAGGAGGAGCACUUAGACCUUCACCACCCGGCCGUUCUGUCAAAACUGCAGUGGUGUGUGAAACUUCUACAAGUCUUCAUCUGCGGGAGGCUACACACACACACACACUAUGCUGCAGGUUUAAAGUGGGACCAGACUGAUUAACUGAAACACUCACCUUUGGUCAGACCUGAAUUUUUCCUUCUAUUUCUCUCUGAUAACAUGAGGGAAGUGUGUUCCUGCUGUCCAUGGACUGGCAGAGCAGUGUGGCCACUCUUUCUUUUUCUGGUUUCUCUGCCCUGUGUGUUCCACUGCUCCCAGAGUCAAGGAGCUGUGGUUGGAAAAAUGUAUCUACGUGGCAAUCACUGGGCAGUUGGUCAUUUGAUGGGUAAGAAGAGCACCGAGGGGCUGCUGCGGGAGAUUCACCGUGACUCUGACUACCUUACAGCCUUUGACAGAGCCGAGGUCACGGACCUCCAGUCACACGACGGUCUGAUUAAAACUCUGAUGCAGCAGAAGAAGCCAAAACAGAAGCCACACACUGCAGACAGACUUAUCCAUCUACGCAGUCUCUGGAUAGAAGACAACACAGACAAAUAUGUUGGAGAGAUUUCGCACCUUCUGGCUCUGAAACUGCAGAACAAAGGUUCCAAAUGAAGACACAGAGAUCCUGUUUUGAAAAAGCAGCCUCACUAAAUGGUUUCCUCUGUAGUUAAAUUCACUGUGAAUUUAUUUUACUUUUUUUGGCUGCAAAGAGUUGGCUGCAAAGAGUUGGCUGCAAAAAUGCUGCAGUCCCAGCAGGGAUUAUGAUCAGUACUGAUGUCAAAAUUCUGAAAUAGAGAUUAUGCAACCGGUUGCACUGCAGAAUGGCUUGUAAAUAUUAAUGUCACAUCAACACAAAAAAACUGAAUAAACUGCACUGUGGUUCUCGGAACAAAAGUCCGACGGUCUUUUGUGUUUGAAU